CUCUCAGGAGUAGCAGUAUAUCUGGACGACAUACUCGUCAGCGGGAGAAAUGCAGAAGAUCACUUGCACAAUCUCCGAGGGCUACUCAAAAGACUCAAUGACAAGGGACUCAGAUGCAGACUUGAAAAAUGUGCUUUUGCUCAGUCGCGAAUCACAUACUUAGGCCAUACGCUUUCGCUACAAGGCCUUGCCAAGGGACCAAAGGUGGACGCGGUAAUGCAGAUGCCGCCACCAAAAGACGUUGCCACACUAAAGUCAUUUCUCGGAUCGAUUCAAUUCUACCGCAAGUUUCUGCCUAAUCUAGCGACGGCAGCAGAACCUUUGACACGACUCACUAGGAAGGACGUUCGAUGGAAAUGGACUACUACAGAACAAACAGCAUUCAAUGACCUGAAGGCAAUGCUGAACACGGACACGGUUCUGGCUCAUUUCAACCCAUCCUGUCCUAUCGGUAUUUCUUGUGACGCGUCAGAUGUUGGAAUUGGUGCUGUGUUGUUUCAUCGAUAUCCAGAUGGGAGCGAGCGACCAAUCGCCAACGCGUCCAAAACUCUUUCCUCAGCACAGAAGAAGUACUCACAAAUUCAGAAAGAAGCUUUGUCCAUCAUUUUCGCUCUACACAAGUUUCAUCAAUUUCUUUAUGGAAGACACUUCAUUCUCGUGACAGACCACAGACCUCUUCUUGCUAUGUUUGGUCCUCACAAAGCAACACCAGUCAUUGCUGCCAAUCGAUUAGCAAGAUGGGCUCUUAUGCUCAGUCAAUACGACUACACAAUCGAGUAUCGUGAAACGUCAAAGCAUGGCAAUGCGGAUGCCCUGAGUCGCCUACCGGCAGAAUCCGACCCCAAUUUUGACAGAAAGGAAAGCGAUAGUGACAUCGACACGGUAUGUCUCAUCAACACUAUCAGCACUCAGAUCAAUUCCGGCGACCAGAACAAACUUCGAAAGGAGACCGCCAAGGAUCCAGUCAUAACCGAAGUUUUGAGAUACGUUAGAGAAGGGUGGCCAAAACAAGUUUCAGACUUACUCAAGGAUUUCAAGACAAAGGAAAACUCGCUGACCACUAUCAACGGAUGCCUAAUGUAUGGAAAUCGCGUAGUGAUACCGCGAAGUCUACAACCGGAAGUGCUAAAAAUCCUACACGAAGGACAUUUUGGUAUGCAACGAAUGAAGCAACUUGCUCGGACAGCAGUCUAUUGGCCAAGAAUCGAUGCCGAUAUUCAAGACACUUGCCAUCGGUGCACAGCUUGUGCCGAACACCAGAACAAGCCUGCAAAAGCAGCAAAUCACCCGUGGAUGUUACCGGAAAAGCCGUGGAGUAGAGUACACGUUGAUCAUGCCAUUGAUUUUAUGGGACACAAUUGGCUUGUCGUUGUGGAUUCAUAUUCCAAGUACCCGUGUAUUCACCCUACCAGCUCAACUUCUACCAAGUCAACAACACGAUUACUUGAGGAAGAUUUCGCACAUUUUGGAUAUCCUCAUGCUCUUGUGUCUGACAAUGCUACUAGCUUCACGUCACAAGAAUUCAAGACUUGGUGCCAAGAGAGAGGGAUUGUUCAUUUGACUGGCGCACCAUAUCACCCAGCCACCAACGGUGCCGCUGAGAGGCUAGUACAAACGUUCAAAAAUUCCCUCAAGAAGUCCAGUAAACCACCCAGGGAAGCUCUCCAGGAGUUCCUUAUGCAAUACCGGCGAUCACCAUUACCAAGUGGCUACUCUCCCAGUGAGCUGCUCAACAACAGGUUGAUCAGAGCCAAAAUCGACACAUUGGUGCCAUCACCUGCUCAUGAGGCACAAGGUCGUCAGGCUAGGGAAGCCACGAAGUCACAGGCGAAGGAGUUCCAGAACGCUGUUCACAAGGUUAACAAUAAUUACUAUCAAGUGGGUAGACCGUGCUACGCUCUCUACUGUGGACCACGUCGUACCAGCGAUCCAAGAUGGGUUCCAGCUACAGUAAUUCGAGUGCACGGCUCACGAAGCGUGAACGUGAAAGUACACCCACGAGGGCCAAUCUGGCGGCGGCACAUCGAACAGCUGAGACCACGCUAUGGUGUAGAAGAAGACACAGAUCCAGGUACAGACCCAGGGGAUCUUAUACACGUGCCUUCACCAACCCUUCAACCAGAUGUUGAAACCAACAGCCAGGAAUGUCAACCAAGCGCACCUCAAUAUGGACCGGGCAAUCCUCGACGAUCUACAAGGAUUCGUAAACCAAAGAAGGUUUGGAAUUGCUGACGUCUUGUCCACCUUCAUAAGAUCGAGUUCAAGACUAAAGGGGGAGGUGUUCUGGAAACUUCCGGAACAUUGACACGUAGUAGCUAUAACCAGUUAGUUCCGGUACUAGGUAGUUACCUUAGCACUCUAGAUGUUUCUAGAACGUCUAACUAACAGGUAUAUAAACGGUGCUACAUAGAGUAAGAGACAGAGUGCGAGUUGAGUUGAUACGACGUUUGUAGUUCUUAGUGUGCUUUGUAUUAGAGUAUACAUAUUUCGAAAUUCCUAUUGUCUCAAGAACACA